AUUAACCACCGCUCUCUCUCUCUCUUCAAUAAUUAAUCUCUAGGACAGCAUAAGUACUCGUCUUCUUUAUCCUGACAUCACUUUAAACCACGAGAAGGAAAAGAGAGAAAAUAAAAAAGAAACGAAAUCCAUGGCAAUCUCGAUCUUUGCUUUCGUGACCAGCUGGUUAACACCGGGUUCACUCUUCCUCUUCCUGAAUAUUAUGAUUGUCACCAUUGUUCUUGCUUCCCGUUAUGGUACUCACAAUAAACCAGUACACGAAGACCAGCACCUCGCUCGAGCUCCUUCUCUUUUACAACGAGUCACGUCCAUCGACUACUUCUCCUUCUACAAUUUCCCACCUGCCCAGGAACCUGGAAACACUACCCAGGAACAUGAUCCUCCCCAGCUCGAAAGAGCCCCUUCUCUUUUACAACGGGUCAAGUCCAUCGACUACUUCUCCUUCUACAAAUUCCCACCUGCCCAGGAACCCGAAAACACUACCCAGGAACAUGAUCCUCCCCAGCUCGAAAGAGCCCCUUCACUUUUAGAACGGGUCAAGUCCAUCAACUUCUCUUCUUUAUACUACAGUUCGGGACCGGAAGAAACAACCCAACGUCCCCCAGCUCAAACCAGGUCGGAUGCAGAUCCGGGUAUGUGUCAUGAUCAUGAUCAUCAUGUGAAGAGGAUCCAGUCGGAGCACAUGGUGAAAGCUACGAAGAGGCAGGUGAAAAUGAAGAAGUCGGCAAGCGAAAAGGCGGUGAGCUUGAAUUUAGCGGAGGAGGUGGAGAGGGAGAAGGUUGAAAGAAGAAGGCCUUCAACGACAAGGGCUUCAGAGAAAACAGUGGUGAUUGGAGAUGAAGAGGUUGAUGCUAAAGCUGAUGAAGAGGUUGAUGCUAAAGCUGAUGAUUUUAUCAACAGGUUCAAGCAACAGUUGAAGUUGCAGAGGCUGGAAUCUCUCCUGCGUUAUAAGGAGAUGCUCAAAGGAAAGCAAAAAAUAUAACAGUAGUAAGAAAAAUUAGGUUUUACCAAGUUAGAGAGAGGAGAGAGCCGUUGCAGGGGAUGAGCAUAGCGUAAGGGACGAGAAAGCAAGGUUAUCUUUUCAGCUAGUCAUUCUGUACUGCCAGAGGGAAGAAAUCUACAAGCCGUUGCAGGGGAUGAGCAUAGAGUAAGGGAAUUAAUGUUUAGGAGUGGUGUAGUUGUUGUAGUUUAAUUGUUGCGUCGGCUAGAGAGGUUUGCACUAUCUUUAUUUAAGAAACACCAAGGGCGGUGGAGAGUAGAGACGAAAGAGCUGCCCUUGUCAUGCUCACCUGCUUACAAGAAGAUUUAGCAAGUUGGUGUAGUUAUUUUGAAUUAAUUGUUAAUUAUGUUGGAUUAGAAGAAGAUGCUUGGAAUUGAAUGGGGCUGUUGCUGUUCUGAGAAGAAA